AAUCGAAGAGUUUGUCUCCUUUUAUUUUGAAAGAGUUUUACUCCAAACACGUCCGGAGCUGCUUCCGGGUGUCGUGCGGAAUUCUCCCGUUGCCAGGUGAGAAUUACGGUGUUCUCGCUUCUGACAUACAUUUUUUUUUUUUUUUUUUGUCACCUCUUGGGGGAACUCGAGUUUUUUGGGGGGUUUUUUUUCGUUUUUUUUAAAGUCGCCUCUAGAAAGGAUGUCUCAGAGUGGUGUUCAUGAUUUAAAGGAAGUGGAGGUCGAGUACAGUCCAUGGGACGAAGCAGCAAAAAUUAUCCAGCGGGCCUGGAGAAGAUAUGUGUGCAAAGAGGUCUUCAGGCAUGUCCGGAAGAUGAUCAGCCAAUGCUAUCAGCAGGAUCCCAGGUCCCUUCUCCGAACCGUCAAUCCUCGAGAGGCAGAGCUGCUCGAUCCUGCGGCAGGCGUGUUCAUCCGAUUUCGACUAGGAGGGGUAAGCUGGUAACAGGGGAAAAGUUGGACAUAAAACCCCACAAAUUCGUAAAAGUGAUAAUGGAAAAAGAUCGUGCGAACGAACCUGCUCAUUUUAAGCUUUUACUUUCCAUUCAGGUCAGUUUUCCUCCUCAGGUCUACUACAAGAUCUUCACCUACCGGCCCAUUGUGGAUAUAUGCGCAAGCAGCCCAAAGGACUACAAUCAGCUCCAGCGCAUGAAGUAUUUGACUGAAGAGAGGGAUCCGACUCUGCAAACGACGGACAGAACGGGCUGGUACCAGCGUGUGGAGAACAACAACUGGAGGCUCUUCAGUUGCAAAGCCAUUACCGAGGAUGAACCCAUAGACUGUUUUGUCACCAAAAAAAUAGACUUUCAUCCGUCGAAGUUGCAGCGGAUACAGGAUGUGAGGAAAUGGAAGAAAAGGAGGAAGAUUGAGUGGCUGAAGCGGAUGUACAAGGAGGGCCGAGAGGAGGAGCAGGCUCUACAGGAGACUCUGGAGGAGCAGUCCGAUCAGUCUGACUUGCUCACAAUAGAGAGGAAAACGGCGAAGGACGUGAUGCUCUCUAUCGAAGACAAAGGAGAAGAUGAAAUACUGGACUGGGAGCUGGACGAACUGUUGGCCUGGACAAGCAGCCUCAACUUUGAGGAGUACAUGGAAGAGUGGAAAAACCAGGCCUGCAGUCACACGUCCGAGCCGAACAAAGAUCGUCCAACAUAACGAUGGUGGAUGUGACUCACAUGGGAGCUCCAGUAACUUAGGUCAAACAGAAUAAAACUAAGAAUGGCAACUGGACUCUGUCUCCAAAAGCUUUACUGGGUAUUUACUACAUUACAUUGCUGCCAUUUGUGUGAUCAAGUUGUUUUUAAUUCACCACUCUCUGUGAGUUUAUGUUGUAAAUAAGAUUAUUUACGCAUCCAAUUUGAACUAUAUUCAGAAUUUGAAUUUCAGAAGAGGUGAGAAAAAGUAAAAAUUCAUCUACUCUUUUCAGUUUCUUUAGACUUAUUGUUCCACAAGUUUUUUUUUUGCACAAACAAAAAUACAAUGUUCCAUUUGUUUAG